GAAAUUCAGCUGAACCGGAUUAGCCGGUCACCCUUCCCUUCCCACAAGACCCACAGUUCUACUUCCACAGCCAUCGAAAUGGUUACAGCAGCACAGUCACUCUUUCUAUAUUCCUUGCUUUCUGCUUUCAUCUUCACUCUGUUUUUGGGGGUCAGAUCUUAAUACCGAAGGCUUCGUAUUCUGUUUGAAUAUUGAUAUCUAUUGGGAGUGGAGUAGUAUUGAGAUCGAGCGUAAAAGAAAGGCGAUGUUUUUGUUUGAUUGGUUUUAUGGGAUUCUGGCAUCGCUUGGAUUGUGGCAGAAGGAGGCCAAGAUCUUAUUCUUAGGUCUCGAUAAUGCCGGAAAGACCACCUUGCUUCACAUGCUCAAAGACGAGAGACUAGUUCAGCAUCAGCCUACACAGUAUCCCACAUCAGAGGAGUUGAGUAUUGGGAGGAUCAAGUUUAAAGCUUUUGAUCUUGGGGGUCACCAGAUUGCACGAAGAGUCUGGAAAGAUUACUAUGCUAAGGUAGAUGCAGUGGUCUACUUGGUAGAUGCAUAUGACAAGGAACGAUUUGCAGAGUCUAAAAAAGAGUUAGAUGCUCUGCUCUCUGAUGAGUCUUUGACUACUGUCCCUUUCCUUAUCCUUGGAAACAAGAUAGAUAUUCCAUAUGCUGCCUCAGAAGAAGAGUUGCGUUACCAUUUGGGCCUGACCAAUUUUACCACAGGCAAGGGAAAUGUAAAUUUGUCAGACUCUAAAGUCCGUCCUAUGGAGGUUUUCAUGUGCAGUAUUGUGAAGAAAAUGGGUUACGGGGAUGGUUUCAAAUGGCUCUCUCAGUACAUCAAAUAAAUAGUCCAUGUAGUCAGAGAUGGCUUGGUAUCCCCGUUUCUAGAUGCUUAUUUCUAUAGAAAUGUUUUUAGUACAAAUUGCUGUUAAACAUAUUUUGUUCUUAGUACAAAGAAAUUGCUGUUAAAUGAAAAUGACACUUUUCCCUUUCUUUCACCAA